ACCCCACGCUCACCCCACCCCUCGCGAGGUCAUCAAAACCCUACCCGCGGCACACAUCUCCCCCCACUUCCCCCCAUCCGCCGCCGCCGCGCCUCCUCCUCGCCCAAGGUAGGAGCUUGUGAAAGUUCUAAGGCUGAGAAGAUGGUUCUGAAGACCGAGCUCUGCCGUUUUAGCGGCCAGAAGAUUUACCCAGGGAAGGGUAUCAGGUUCAUUCGUUCGGAUUCGCAGGUUUUCCUCUUUGCCAACUCAAAAUGCAAGCGCUACUUCCACAACCGCCUCAAGCCUGCAAAGCUUUGCUGGACAGCGAUGUACAGGAAGCAGCACAAGAAGGACAUCCAUGCUGAGGCUGCCAAGAAGAGGCGCCGCACCACCAAGAAGCCGUACUCACGGUCGAUUGUUGGUGCCACUCUGGAAGUUAUCCAGAAGAAGAGGGCUGAGAAGCCUGAAGUCCGUGAUGCUGCCCGAGAAGCCGCUCUCCGUGAGAUCAAGGAGCGGAUCAAGAAGACCAAGGAUGAGAAGAAGGCCAAGAAGGCAGAGGUGACCAAGUCCCAGAAGUCACAGGGGGGCAAGGGCGCCGUGCAGAAGGGUUCCAAGGGCCCAAAGAUUGGCGGUGGCGGCGGGAAGCGUUGAAAGUCGAUUACGCCAUAGACAUAGAGUUGUGCUGCCUAGCCUUGUUUCCUAUCCUACUAUCAUAGACCUUUGUCAAGUUAUUACCCCGCCCUCUUGAAUUUGCACCUUAUCUGUGAGGCUGAAUGGUGUUAACGUUUUGGAUUGUCUCGAUGAGUUUAUUUAUAAUGAAUGGUACUUAUGUUGGUUCUUGUCA